CCUAUUCCUUUUCAUCACUUCACUCUGCCAUCUUCAAUCCAAACCCAAAACCCUAAUCUCAAAUCUCCAUGGCACCACCAAAGCGACUCCGCAUCACUCCGCUCGACGAUCCACCCACCGCCUCCUCUUCCUCCGAUGAAGACCAACCACCUUCCUCCAAAAAGCCAGAAGAUGAUGUAGUCGAUGAAGAAGAUUCAGAAGAAGCAGGAGAAGAAACUGAUCAGAAUGAAGAAGAUGAUGAAGAUGAAGAUGAAGGUUCUUCAUCCGAAGAAGAACAAGUUCAACCUCCUUCCAAAAAUCCUCCACCUUCUACCCCAAUCUCAAACCCUAAACCCGACUCCGGCUCCAAAUUGGAAUCUGGUGCCGAAUCCGGAUCAGAAUCCGGAUCCGAAUCUGAUAGUGAACAAGAACCUACUCCACCUAACGCCAAAGUCAAGCCUCUCGCAUCAAAGCCCAUGAAAACCCAAGCCCAAUCUACUCCUGUACCGGCCAGAUCUGGAACAAAGCGUGCAAACGAAAACGGUUCCAAAUCUGCUAAGAAGAAAACAACCGCCACCGGCGGUGGUUCUGAAAACGAGGCGGAUGGAGACGGUGACGUGAAAAUGACCGGGGAAGACUCAAAGAAGAUGAAUCAGAGAGUCUUCACUGAAGGAGACGAGAUUGCCAUUCUGAAAGGUCUUGCUGACUUCAUUUCCAAAACUGGAAAGGAUCCGAUGAAGGACCUGGUCGGAUUUCAUAGUUUUGUGAAGAAAUCUAUUCACAGGGAUGCGACUACCGAACAGCUGAAGCGGAAGGUCCGUGGUUUGAAGAUGAAGUUCAAAGACGGUGGUAGUUUCACUAAAGAGCAUGAUAAGAAAGCUUUUGAACUUUCCAAAAAGGUUUGGGGCAAUACUGAAGGCAAUAAUAACGUAGGCAAUGAAGGGGAAGCUCCGGUGAGAAACAAUGGUUCUGCUAAGAAAGAAAAAGUUGUCAAGAAUGGUGCUCGAAAAGAUGAGGGUGGUGUUGAUAGAAGCUUGGCUUUGAGUGAAAUGCGUAGAUUUGAUGAAGCUGCGGGGUUAUCCUUGUUGAACGUGAAUGCUAUGGAAAGGGGAAUAGGAUUGUUGGAGGAGUCCAUGGUUGAUGAGUUUAACGAGGGAUGGAGAAAGGUUCAAAUUGCGGAGAUGGAACUGUUUGUGACCCGGGGGCAACUGGUUACGGAUCAGGCUAGGAUAGCAUUGGACGCGUUGAAGAAGACGCGUUGAAGAAGUCUAUCAGUUAGGGUUGUCUUGAGGUUAAUUUUGUGGCUAAUCCGGUAAAGGUUCUGAACAAUUAAUUAGGGUUAUCUUAGGGUUAAUUUUGUUGCUAAUAUGGUACAUGUUUUGGAUAUGUUCUCUUUUUUAUUUAUGCAGUGAUUUUGUGGUUAUCUUAUGAUCAUUUGGUUUGACAACUGCAGAUGAAUGAUGAAUGUAUUAUGACUUUUUCUUAUGAAAUUAUUGUGGUUGUUUGAUCC